GGAAGAGACGAGGAGGAGGAGGAGGAGGAGGAGGAGACGAGGGUUGGGCGCUGGAGGCAGAAGGAGAGAGGGCAGAUUGCUUCAUCUCAGUAACAUCAUGACACAGGACGGAGAAGGACCACUCGUUAUGCAGGGAACCCCCCUAUUUCCCCUAGGCUCCGGGCAAUGGCUUUCAGUCUAGGAUGUGCUGGCUUCCUUCUCCUCACUCUCCUCCAUGUACCAAAGACUCUUGGCAGAUCCAACACCCUCUGCCCCCAAACCUCCUUCUACCAUGACUGCUGGAUCCGGCGCUUCCCCGGGCUCCACCUUAAUCUGCCUGUGUCCGAGCAACGUGGGGCCCAGUUGCUGCAGACGGAGAUGGAGCCAUCGGCACAGCGCUGCAGCCGAAAGUGCUGCGACCAAGCAGCAAUCUGUAACCUGGCCGUGUCUUUCCUGGACAUCAGCCAAGGAAGUGUAAGUUGCCACUUGGUCCACUGCCCCCACCCGGAGAGCUGCAUCCUCCACCAAAAAGAAAGUGCCGUCCUCUAUACUGUCACAGCUGGUAUUGACCCUGACCUGUUGGUGUUUGAGAAACUGGGACAUGUUGAUUUGAACCCAAGAUCAUCUUUGAAAAUGCACCGCGUCAACACAUCGGGGGCAGUUGCUCCCCCAGUUCCUCUGCCCCAGUCUUUUCUUCCUUCUAAAGACCCCCAACCAGCUCAACAAUUAUCUGCAUCACCCAAACCCUCUACAGAGUCUUUGUUGCCACUCCCUACCUCUUUUCAUCACUCCCUCCCUCAUCCACCUGGUCCAGGGGAUUCUUUUCUUCGUUCCUUCCCUCCCACUAAGUCUCCACUAUCAACACCCUACGAUUCUGAAACAACCUCCGUCACCCACUCAGAGACCAGUUCUCUGGCUGAGACAGCUCACAGUGAAGACCCUCUCACUUCCUGGGAACCUGUGGGAAAGCCCAUACUCAACCUGCACAGUCCGGCUCAUCUCGACAGCAAUAAACAGCAUGUCAACGACACCAAAGGCCACAGUGGCAAGAACCAGAGUUCUGAUGCAGAAGUGGAGGAUGCGUCUAGUCCCUGGUUGGGGCUGUGGUUAUUCCCUGGCUUGUUCGGAUCUUCAGUUGCAUUAUUGUGUUGCUGUUCUGGAAUUAUGAUGCUUGGAUGCUGCAGGAGAAGGAGGAGGGGCAGAUACAGACCAGGGCAGGUGGCUGAAUAUAGAAGGGGUAGUUUGAUCAAGUUUGCUUUUCUUAAGGAGAAGGCAUGAUCUCAGGAUCAAGAGUGGAGAGUGUAUGAACAACGCAAACACAAGUCGACUUCUGUUUAGAUUGGUCAUCUUGGACCUUCUGCAGCAUGCAUCCAUAUGUAGUGGGAGGAAUGCGGCAGACGGGGCAUCUGCCAGAUAACGCAGAGGAACCUCAAGAACCAAGCUCUUUGCUCAAGUAUCAGGUGCUGGAGUACAAAGAACGCCAACGAACACCGCCCAUAGUGGUUUUCUCUUGUUCAAUUGUACAGAUGAAUUUUGUUAUGAUUGGCCGCUUAAUUUAUAUUCAGGAGGCCUCUUCCUGGCUUAGCAUCACGUGCUUUGAGGAUAAUGUCUAUGCUACUGUUUUGGUGCAAUUAAAGAACUUUUUUUUUAGUA